AUGGCCACGUCAAAGGUGCGAGGAGGAGCGAGCAGCGACGAGUCGGACGGCGGCCGCUCGAGCGCUUCCGGCUCCGUGAGCUCUCGCUCGGGCAGUAGCUCGGACUCUUCGCGGAGCGGCAGCGGCUCGGAUUCAGGCAGUGGCUCAGGUUCCGGGAGCGACUCAGGUUCAGGUUCUGAGUCUGAGUCGGGCUCAGGUUCCCGCAGUGGCUCCGGGUCGAACUCGAGCUCUGGCUCGGACGGCUCCGCUUCGGACUCGUCCGUGUCGAAGAAAAGACUCAAGAAGCGACGCGCUGUGAAGCCCAAAGCCGCCGCGGCGGCAGCGUCUUCCAAGCUUAAGAGUCGCAACAGCAGCAGCAGCAGCAGCAGUCGAGGGACCAAGUUGCACGUGCAGAAACAGGUCAAGAUUGAAGCUGAUGCUGAAGCCGACAACGAGCGGGAGGCGGGCGGGAAGCGCCGUCGGGGCACGCUCCGGAUCAAAGACGAGGAAAUGGACGAGGAAGAGGAGGAGGACGACGACGUGGACGUCACUGGGCUGACGGAGGUGGAGAAGGAGAAGCGGCUGCUGGAGAAGUACGAGGCCAAGGAGCAGCGCAACAAGGAGCGCGAGCUGAAGAAGCGACUUGCCGCGUCGCAGGGCAAGGCUGAAGACGGUUUCUCCGAGGAAGGAGAAGAGGGAGAGGAGCACGAGUUGCCGUCGACGCGUCGUGGAGGACGCAGUCGAGAGAGCGAUCGACGGAAAGAAGCGCUGCACAAUUUGAAGGCCAAUAAAUCGAGUGACAAGAGUCGCUCGAUCUUGAGCAACCGAUUUGGAGACGAGGGGAGUUCGGACGAGGAAGGUGGGAGCAGAAGUGGACGGGAUUUAGCAGAAAAGAGGCGACGCCGUCGAGAGUUGCAACGUGGAGGCACGGGACGACGUCGGAGUCAUGCAGAUGACGACGAAGACUAUAGUGAUGACGAUAGCGACGGACGCAGAAGGAAGAAGUCGAAGGCAGUGGAUCCCACUGCGACGACGAAAGCAGGUGACGAAGACGACCUUGCAGCUUCGAUUCGACCGGAGGAGAACGUGCCGGUGAACUGGAAUCAAGCGAACUUCUAUUUGCUCAAGAGACGUGUGUUUUUCGAGAAGAACUUCUUUGAGCCGUUUUUUCCGCAACUGGUGCGGGGGGUGUAUGUCCGCGUGCCAAUCGAGAUGGUUGACGGUGAAAUGGUGUACCGUUUUUGCGAAGUUGUGAAUGUGUGCAAGUUGCCGCGUAGUUACAAUUUUUGCGGUGAGUCGACGCAUAUAGGUAUUAUAUGCGCGUUUGGGAAGAGCAGGCGCGAGUGGAAAUUGAGUGGUGUUUCAGGGCAUUCGCUGCGAGAGCGGGAGUUCUUGCUGUGGCGAGCGGCGAUUAACAAAGACCGACUGCAUUUUCCGACGCACGGUGAAGUGAAGCGCGUGUACUCGAAGAAGGAGAAAAUGAUUACCCAGCACAACUACACAGAAGCACAAGUGGAUGAGAUGGUGCGGCGUAAACAAGCCGUGGGUCUGUCGACAGUAUCGCUAGGUGUGCAGCGGGUGCGCCUGGAACGUGACCUGCGUGCUGCUCAAGAUAUGAAAAACUUUGAAAAGGCUGUUGUGCUCGAGGAGCGGCUUCAGCGUUUAUUGGCCAAGAACGAGGAGCGCAAGAACCACAACUCUGACGACGUUCUUCGUAUUAACGAGAUCAACCGUCGUAAUCGUGAGGCCAAUAUCCAGCAAGAUCUACAUGCCCAGGAGCUCAAUGAUGCCAUGAAUAAGAAAAUGACGAGCGCCGAGCGUCUGCAGUUCGUGCGCGCCAAUCAAAUGACCAUGUUCAUGUCUCGUGACAAGCUGGAGAAAAACUUGGCGGAAGGCAAACUCAUCAAGCUUGCGGACGGUCGGGUCCUGACUUCGAACAAGCUGCAUACGGUUGAGGCGCUGCCUGAUGAUCUGCUAGACAAGGUGAAGGGUGUUGGUGAGAAGAAGCAGAAUGGGGAUGAUUUAGAAUUUGACAUCGAUCGUCUGCUAGCGAAACAGCGAGAGCGCAAGCAGAAAGAUGCUGAGCGUCUGGCGGCCACGCAGAAGGAACAUGCGAGCCAGGUCGAGUUCGUUGGCGUUGCCCCCACGAAUAUCCAGGAAAGAGCGAACGCCACCGUUCGUAUCAAGGAUGAUGAUGGGUCGUGGAUGACGCUUCGUUCUCCUGCCGAGAUUAUAAAAGCGAAACAGAACAAGACCGCAGUCUCCGACAAGGUUAAGGCCUCUCGGAAAGGCAUCACCGUGAAGGAGUACUUUGACCGGGUCAAGAAACGGCGCGUGGCUCAGUGA